UUACACUUGGCACAGUGCAGUCAGGCAAGUACCAUUCUCCUGGCAACCACCAAACCCAGACACACCCAUCGGUUUGCCAGACAGAUAAGAGUGAUUUGUCACUCCAGAGAACACCUGCUUGGAUGCAGCUGCUCAGCCCACUUGGUGGCUGAGUUGCUGUCCUUCUCAGUUGCUUCCACUUUGUUAUAAUACCACUAACAGUUUACCGUGGAAUAUUUAGUAGCUAAGAAAUUUCAUGGAUGGACUGAUUGCACAGGUGGCAACCUAUCACGGCACCACGCUUGAAUCCACUGAGCUCCUGAGAGCGACCCAUUCUUUCACAAUUGUUUGUAGAAGCAGUCUUCAUGCCUAG